CUAUCGUGAGCGCUUUCUCUUUCGUCUGAAAGGAUUAAGGUUGACUUAAAAAAUGGACUCUUCAACGACUAUGAACUUAUAGAAUGGCUCAAAACGAGGAUUGCCGCUUUGUUUCUUUGGAUCCUAUUCACCCUCUGACUGAGCCUGACAUACAUGAUCAACAGCUUCCCGAGGGGAUUGGAAUGAGAUGGAAAGACCUGGCUCGGAAACUGGGAUUCAAAGAAUCAUUAAUUGAAGUUAUUCAUAGUGAAAAUGACAGUUGCAACGACCGUUGCAUCAAACUUUUGGUGCGAUGGAUGGAAAAGGAAGGUCAUCAGGGAGCCACUGCUGGGAAAUUAGCUGCAGCAUUAAAAGCCACCGGACUUCAAUCACUGGCUGACAGAUUAAUUGGUCCAAGCGGAAGAAGAGCAAUGUUGAUCGAGAUUCAAGGGACAUUAAUCCUUAACGAUAAAAACAAGACUGAGAUCAUCUUGGGGGUCGACAGUACUGAGAAGAGACCAUUUUUUAUGUGGAAGAGUCCCGAUAAAGAGUUUAAAACAUCUGUCGAGGAACUGAAGAGCUACAUUGAUGCAACCUGCAAAAUUACCGCACAGAAGCCUGGAGUUAUUGAUAAAAAUAUCGGAACAUCGUUUGCCAGCAAAACUCGUAAGGGUUCACUCACCAAAGAACAGAUUUCCACUCAGACGCCUGAAGGUAUUGAAGAAAUCAUUGGAAGAUCAAUCAAAGACAAAGGCCGGAAAGAAAUUUCUACCCAAACGCCUGAUACUUUAGAAGAAGUUAUCGCAACAUCAGCUGAAAAGUGGCAGAAAGAUUCAUCAAUCAAGGUACACCCUUCGACUCGGACCACCAAAGCUGAAGAAGAAUUCAGAACAUCCAAUGAAAAGAAACUUGAAGAAUCACCCACCAAAGAGCAGAUUUCCAUGCAGACGCCUGAAGUUAUGGAAGAAAACAUCGGAAGAUUAAUUGAAUACGAAUGCAGCAAAGAGAUUUUCACCCAGAGGCCUAAUACUCCAGAAGAAAUUAUUGGAACAUCAGCUCAGAUAAGGAGGCAAGAUCAACCUAUCAAAGCGCAGAUUUGGUCACAGGAGUCUGAGGUUGGAGAAGAAUACAGAACAUUGUACGAAACGAAAGUAGAAGAUUCAUCCGACAAACGGCCAGUUUUCCCCGGGAAAUCAGCUGAAUUUAAAAUUAACGAUUCAUCUCACAAGGAAUCUAUUUCCCCCCAGACUUCAGAGGUGGAAAAAGAAAUCAUCGAAACAUCAGCUGAAGAGAAACGCCCAGACGAUUCAGGGCUAACAGUUCAAAUUUACACCCACACCUCUGAAGUUGUUGAAGAAAUUAUCAGAACACCUGCUGAAGAGAUGGAACAGAUUUCCACUCAGGUGCCUAAAGUUGUGGAAGAAAACAGAAGAACAGGCGAAGAGAAAGUAGAAAAUUCGUCAUCGAAAGCGCCAAAGAUUUCCGAGAAGCUCAAGGAUAUGCAGGAAAAGCUAUUAGUUGUAGAAAAAAAUCUAAAGAUACCAGAGCUAAAAGGAGAAGCUUUCCAUGUUACGAAGAAGUUGGAUUUGAUCUCCAGACAUAACACGACCCUUCGGGAGCUGUACACACAGAUGACAGGCAUGACGAGGGAAGCUUGCAAGUGCGAUGAGUCCCUGAAAGCGAAGUUUUACGAAUUUACGUACCGCAACUUACGAACUGUGCAUGAUAAUUUGAAAACAAGUGUUGCAGAUCUACAAUCGGAAAAAGGGAACAUGACAGCAGCCGAGAAGAAACAACUAGACGUACUGAUUGUAUCCAGAAACUGCAGAGAGAAGCAGAUUAUAUACCUGGACAAAAUGUUGAGGCGCCUUUUCCCUUCGGCAGAUGAACUAAAGAAAUCUCAACCAUCACCACGAGGGAAAGAAAAUAGGAAAAUUUCCGGUGAUUCCAAGAACCGAUCAAGGAAGCGCAAACCCAAAAGCAGAGCAGUUUGUGUCCUUUCUUCAUAAUGGAGGGCUGUUAUUACACGACAAGAGUAAAGGAGACGAAUGGGGAGUUUGAAAUGUACCAGGCAGUAAAUAGAGGCGGAGGAACAGGUCAUUCGACUUUUUAUUAACUUAAAAGUACUUUGGUUUGAUGGGUAAACAGUAUAUAAUUGGUGCCAAUAUGUCUUAAAUUAGUUGAAGUGCCACCUUCGAUCGUAGUAAAGUUUUACUACGAUUCAACUAAGUGGUAGUCACUGAUAAUAUGACCUGCGUAAUUAACAUGUGAGGAUUGUCCAACAGGUCUAACUAUUAGUUUGGAGUUAAUUUAAUGCGGGAUAUUCUGUCGAGACUGAUAGAUUCCAAAUUAGUUUUAUCAAUGAUAAGCAACAUAUCCGAGUGAGGUUGUCAUUUCGUUCUGAUACAAGAGAAAAGCAAAUUUUGCUUCUUGUCUGACCCACUGAGACAAAUUGCUUUCUGGUAGUGAAACAAGAGGUGAAUCAAUCAUUUAUGAAACCCCUAAAAUAGAAUAAACGGGAUUUAGCAGUGGACAUGCUGCAUGUUGGCUCUUCUUGUCCACUUUUACCAGGUCGAAUUGGAAUUUAGGGUAUUGGUUUUAUAAGAAGGUUGAAAAACCGGAUGACCCUGAGAAAAACCCUCAGAGCAGAGACGAGAAUUAACAACAAACUAAACCCACAUGUGACACCAGGUCUGAAAAUCGAACCCAAGCGAUCAUGGAGGGAAGUGAGCGCUCUCAUCUUUGCGCUAUCCCUGCUCCCAUAAACCCUGUAUUAAACUAGAAGUGAUGUUCAGCAAUGUGAUGGUGAGAAAACGUCGCGAAGUUUUCGUGUUGAAAAUAGCUGUUUGGACUGUAUAUAUUAUAGAGACAUGUUACGGCACGGUUUGAAAAGAUUUUGGGCAAAAAAUGUGGCAUUUAUCGAGAUGAUUUUAGUUUGGUGUGUUGACUUGGGUGAUUAUUGCAGACAAAGCAAUUUUAAUUUAAAGAUAUCGAAAGCACAGUGACUUGGCGACAUGCAUGAGGAGCAAGACAUGGCGGUGUAGAAGAGACCAUUUGAUUUCUUAUCAAUGUAGAUAGCAUACUCGGCAAAAAAAUAUCCCCACCAUGUAUAUAGCAGUGUAAAAUAGAUACUUUAUUAUCACUUUAAAUACGUCAAUUGAUGAGCUGGGCAAGUGUCAGUAUCUGACCAACUGCACAUCUACCCCUCCCCUAACUCGACAACGGUCAACUUGUAAUCAAGGUUAGUCUGGGCUAGGGGAGGGGUAGGUAAACAGUAGCCGGCUCAGAUACUGACGUUGAUCCGAUGAGUGUAUCGGGUGUAAAGUUAGGUCGUGUGAUCAGACAAUAAAAAUUACAGAAUUAGUUUA